AUAAGUUCCUUCUCCCCCUUUUCCCUUCGUAUUCUGCUGCAACUUUCUUGCCUUCUUCCUUCUUCUCGUAUAUAAAUCAACCCCUCGAUUAAUUUCAGGUCACUGGUCAGCCUUCUUCCUUAAACCCAUUACCUGCACUCUGCUCAGAGCACAGUCGAGCUUCGCAUUCGAGGCAUCAGCUGUGUCUAUCAUUCGAGGCAUCAGCUCAGUGCUCACCAUCUGCAGUCUGGUGAACAGAGUCUCCCUCAGUCCCUCUCCAGAUUACAGAUGGAUGGUGCUACUGAAAAUUGUGCUUUGAAUGCGAAUGAUCCUACUGUGCCUUCUAAUCAAAACGGUAAUGGUAAUGGUAAUGGUAAUGGUAAUGGUAAUGGUAAUGGUAAUGGCAAUGUUAAUGGUAAUGGUUCUGGGAAUGAUGGUAAUGGUUCUGGGAAUGAUGCUAAUGGUUCUGGGAAUGAAAAUGUUGAAAUAAUUCUGGCUGAAGAUCGUAAAUUGACUUCUGAUGUCUGGCCACAUUUUGUGAGGGUCAAGUUUAAUGGGGAGAUUAAAGCCAAGUGUAAAUACUGUCGAAAACGUUUAGGUGGUGAUACUAGUAAUGGAACCUCCCACUUGAGGAACCAUUACAAAACUUGCACCCAAAGAAAGAUACAUGAUGGUAGGCAGAGAGUUCUUGGUCCUGAUUAUAAACCAACUGGAAAACCCCUCCUAUCUGCUACUCAAUUCAAUUCUGAUGUGUCUAGGAAGGAAUUGUGCUCUAUGAUUAUGGUGCAUGAGUAUCCCCUGAACAUUGUUGAACAUGUGGGGUUUAAACGUUUCUGUUGUUCUUUGCAACCCCAGUUCACUGUCGCUUGUAGAAAUACAGUGAAGAGGGACAUAUUUGCUUUAUAUGGGGCUGAGAUGGCAAAGCUUCAGAAGGUUUUAGAUGGUAAUAUUGGUAGAGUUGCAGUCACAACUGAUAUGUGGACUGCAACUAACCAAAAGAUGGGGUAUAUGGCCGUUACUGGUCAUUUUAUUGACAAUUCUUGGAAACUUAAAAACAUGAUGUUGAGUUUCAUCUAUGUCCCUGCCCCUCAUACUAGUAAGAGGUUGGGAGAUAGGUUGUUCAAGUGUUUGCUUGGUUGGAAUCUUGAUAGAAAGUUGUCCUCGAUUACCUUGGAUAACUGUACCACCAAUGAUGCCAUGAUUACUCAUAUGAAAACUAAACUUGCUAGUGAUGAUCUGUUGUUGGAUGGUGUGCUGGUUCAAAUGAGAUGUUCUGCUCAUGUUUUGAAUCUCAUUGUGAAAGAAGGGUUGGAAGUCAUCAAAGAUGGCAUUGAAUUGGUUAGAGAUAGUGUUGUGUACUGGAAGUCCACUCCUAAGAGGGUACAAACCUUCUUUGAAACUGCUAAGCAGCUUAAAGUGCCUUGUGAGAAGCAACUUGUGCUUGAUUGUCCAACUAGGUGGAACUCCACCUAUGAUAUGCUAUCUACAGCCAUUGUGUAUAGAGAUGUUUUCUCUCGUUUGAGGCAGUGGGAUAGUCAAUACACCACUGUCCCUACUAGUAUGCACUGGGAGUUUGCUGCUAUGGUCAUUGAUAAGCUGGAAAUUUUCAGUGAGAUCACAAAGCUGUUUUCUGGCAGCAAGUAUCCCACUGCUAAUUUGUUUUUCCCCAAGGUUUGUGAUCUGAGACUGAAAUUGUUGGAAUGGUGUGCUGAUACCAAUUCUCUUAUCUCGGCUAUGGCUGAGAGUAUGUGGGAGAAAUUUUCUAAGUAUUGGGAUGAUAUACACUUGGUUCUCGCUGUGUCAGUGGUUCUUGAUCCUAGAUACAAGUUGCAUGUGAUUGAGUAUUAUGCUGCUAAGUUUGGCAGUACUAAUACUGACUUGGUGGCUGAUAAGAUUAAGCAAUGUAUUUGUGGUUUGGUGCUUGAUUACCAAACCAAGUCUGAGAGGAACAAUUCUGGUUCUUCAACUGCUUAUGAUAGUUCUUCUACUCCUGCAAAUGAUGAUCUUGAUUUUGAACUGUUUGUGAGUCGGAGGAAAAAAAGCAAAGCAACUCUGGUCCAUACUGAACUGGAUCACUAUCUUCUUGAGGAACUGAUUCCUAAAAGGUCUCCUGACUUUGAUAUACUGAUGUGGUGGAAACUGAAUGGCCUUAAGUACCCCACUUUGCAAGCAAUUGCAAGGGAUUUCUUGGCCAUACCAAUUACAUCAGUGGCUUCUGAAUCUGCUUUUAGCUCUGGUGGGAGGUUAAUAGACCCUCAUCGGAGUAGAUUGCACUAUGAUACAAUAGAGGCAAUGAUGUGUACCAGAAGUUGGAUUAUGGAGGAAAUGCAACAAGAAUCAUCGAAGGCUGCUGUAGAGGCAAUGGAAGGGGUGUUCUCUGCUCUAGCAAUUUCAGAUUCCAGUACUGAAGAUCAAGACGAAGCUGUUCAGGGGGGACUUGUGAUGAGGAAGCAUCUAAUAUCCCUAGACGACUGAUUUGUUCAAUGCAAUGAAAGGUUCAAGUGAUUGCUUUUCAUUUUUCAAGGAUGAAUGCUGCUGUUGAGUGUUGAGUUGGUUUCCAGCAGCAUGGUGUUGCUUACUUUUUGGAAGAAAAGAUCAAAGGAACUCGUGUGUGCUAUUAGUAUAGGUUUUAGUUCGAUUUAUGGAUGAUGUUAUUGAGGUUGUCUGCCUUUGUUUUUUAUCUCUUCCUUUUGAGUUUUGAACUUGAACACUAGUGUAGUGAUUAGUGAAGAACAUGUUAUAUGGGUUUUGGGUGGUGGGUUUUGGUUGCAGCAGCUUGUUUGGUUGCUGCAACCUAUCACUUUUGUUUCAUUGUUUGAACAUUGAAGAUCUGGGUGUUGGGUGGUGGGAGGGUUACAGCCCCAGAUCUUCUCUUUUGUGUGUUGAAUUUAUGUGCCUUGAACAUCAAGGGGAUAGGUUUUCAUGGCUGCGAGAUGGGGAGUUUGCUCGUCAAAUGUUGGCUGGGGUGAAUCCGGUGAACAUUGAACUUUUAAGGGAAUUACCUAUAUCGAGCAAGCUAGAUCCUGAUGUUUAUGGCCCGCCCGAGUCGGCUCUGACGAAGGAAGUUAUUGAGCGGGACCUCCUGGAGAUGAGCUUGGAAGAGGCGUUCGAGGAGAAGAGGCUAUUCAUCCUGGAUCACCAUGAUAUAAUUCUUCCAUUUGUUAACAAGAUGAACUCCUUGCCUGGGAUAAAAACUUAUGCAUCUAGAACGGUUUUCUACCUCAGCAACGCUGGUGUUCUAAGGCCAUUAGCCAUUGAACUUUCCCUUCCUCCAACCUCCUCUUCUUCUGCUGGAAGCAAACGUGUGUUCACUCAUGGACAAGAUGCUACAACUCAGUGGAUGUGGAAGCUAGCCAAGGCUCAUGUUUGGCCAAAUGAUGCCAGUAUUCAUCAAAUAGUGAAUCAUUUGUUGCGGACUCAUGUCUGCACGGAGCCUUACAUAAUUGCGAUGCACAGACAGCUUAGUGUGAUGCAUCCCAUCUACAAGUUGUUGUAUCCCCAUAUGCGCUAUACACUGGCAGUCAAUGCAUUUGCACGGAAAAACUUGAUCAGUGGAGGAGGAAUCAUUGAGGCUUCUUACAGCCCUGGAAAAUAUGCCAUGGGGUUGAGCUCUGCAGCCUACAAGACCAUGUGGCGCUUUGAUAUGGAUGCAUUACCUGCAGAUCUUCUUCAAAGGGGCAUGGCAGUGCAAGAUCCUUGCAUGCCAAGUGGCGUGAAACUUGUUAUUGAAGACUAUCCUUAUGCAUCGGAUGGGCUCUUGAUCUGGCAAGCUAUCAAAGAAUUGGCGGAAGCCUAUGUAGAACACUUCUACUGUGAGCCUAAUUCUGUCAAAUCUGAUUUGGAACUUCAAGCUUGGUGGGAUGAGAUACUGAACAUAGGUCAUGCUGAUAAAAGAAAUGAGCCAUGGUGGCCUAAACUCCACACAAAUGAGGACUUAUCCAGCAUACUUACUACUAUGAUCUGGACUACAUCAGGGCAGCACGCAGCUAUUAACUUUGGGCAGUACCCGUUUGGAGGAUGUCCCCUUAAUCGUCCUACAUUCAUGAGAAGAUUGAUCCCACAAGAAGGCGAGCCUGAUUAUGAGAAGUUCAAGCUGAAUCCUGAGGAGUUUUUCCUGUCAUCUUUGCCAACUAGAUAUCAAGCUAGUAAAGUGAUGGCAACCCAAGAGAGCGUGUCAUCGCACUCCCCUGAUGAAGAGUAUUUGGGCAAGCCAAACUCCUCUGGCAACCACUGGACCAACGAUGAAGAUAUACAAAACCUGUACAGUAAAUUUGCCGAUCAGCUGGAGGCAAUAGAGAAGAUGAUAAAUCUCAGAAACAAGGACAUUCAAUUGCAAAACAGAUGCGGUGCUGGUGUUCCUCCAUAUGAGCUACUACAUCCAACUUCAGGGCCAGGGGUGACAGGUCGUGGAAUCCCCAAAAGUGUUUCUGCUUGAGUUAUGAUUCAUAUACAGUUAUUGUUGUAUGUUGUUGUUGUAACGUUAUGAUCUCUAUACCAAAAUGUUAUAGCAAUAAGUUUGUGUGGAAAAUCUUGAUUAAGCUGGAAAGCUGUGUGAUAGAACUGGAAAAGCAUAGAGUGUUCCACGCAUCGCAUUCUGUUUUGACACUGUACCCAGCCUACGAUCUGUACCUUGCCCUGCUCCUUUCGAGAAGCAAACAAUGAGCAUUACUCGACGUAUUAACUUGUACAUUUGCAACAUACAUAGAUGGUGUC